AUGACUGCCUUUCUCGAUAAGCUGAAGGUGACUAGAAGCGAAGGGAUGUCUGGCAUUGGGCCAGGUCAAGGCGCCCUGAGAGACAAACUUGAAACGUCAAAUGGGCAAUCUUCAGGAGCAGAUCCCAGUGACGAACUAGGCAGUGGCAAGGGCCAAAAGCUAGACCGAGGACCCAAUACCUUUGGUGGGCCGUCCUUUGGUCGAACCAGCUCAAUCCCGAGGCAUGAAUCUGAAGCAUUGAACAAGAUGGAUCCCAGGAUUGGAUAUGAUGCAGAUGGUAUUCCUCAGGAGGAAUUGGAACGCUACGAAACAAAAUACGGCAAGCCUUCCGGUAACACCUCCGAUGCACGGAUGCGUGGAACAGACAUGGCGGGCAUCGGUCCAGAUCAGAGCGUCCUCGAGCAGACCCCGGGAUUUCGAGCCAGAAUGGCAGAUCAACCUGAAAAGUGA